GUUCCACGCAAGAUGGCUGCGGCCGUGCUGCCGGGCGCCGAGCCGUGGAACCGGGUGAGGAUCCCCAGAGCUGGCAGCCGCAGCACGGUGACGGUGAGGGACGCCGGCGCCGCCCUGGACCUUUGCAUUGCAGCUGUAAUGAAAGAAUGCCAUCUUGUCAUACAGUCACUGAGGAGCCGGACCUUAGAUGCAGAGAUAGAUGUGUUAUGUGCAGUCCUUUACAGCAAUCACAACAGAAUGGGCCACCACAAACCUCAUUUGGCCCUCAAACAGGUAGAACAGUGUUUAAAACGCUUAAAAAACAUGAAUUUGGAAGGCUCAAUUGAAGACCUAUCUGAGUUAUUUUCUUCCAGUGCAAGUCAGCCUGCCCCUACCAAAGUGCGCGUCAUCCCCAGCCAGCCAGUGGUGGAGCUGGUGCUGAUGAAGGUCUUGGGAGCUUGCAAGUUGUUACUGCGCCUGCUGGACUGCUGCUGCAAAGCAUUUCUCUUGACGGUGAAACAUCUAGGAUUGCAAGAGUUCAUUAUUUUAAACCUUGUGAUGCUUGGGCUGGUCAGCAGGUUAUGGGUCCUCUAUAAAGGAGUGUUAAAAAAGUUGAUAUCUUUGUAUGAACCAUUGUUUGCAUUACUUCAAGAAGUCUCAAGGAUUCAACCCAUGUCUUACUUCAAGGACUUUGCCUUUCCUUCUGAUGUUACUGAAUUUUUAGGACAGCCCUAUCUUGAAGUCUUUAAGGAAAAAAUGCCUACAGCAUUUGCAGCCAAAGGAGUAACUAAAUUGCUAAAUAAACUAUUUUUAGUGAAAGAGCAACCACGAGUUUACAGAGAAAGCACUUUAUGUGGAAUUUCCAAAAUAGCUAAACAAAUGGAGAUCAAUUUACAGAAUACUGUGGACCUUGGACAACCAGUGAAAAACAAAGUCAGCAAAGAAGAACCAUCAGGAUUUGAUGUGAAGGCUUUCUGCAAGAGGCUGAAAGACAUAGCUGCUCAGGAGACCAAGCCUGAGUUCAAAUCUUCUCAGCCCAAGUUGAAGACAGCCAAGCACCCUUCUCAGAAAGUAGGAACUCCACAGGCUGCAGACUUUGUACAGAGAUGCCGAGAGGCGAAGACCUUCCUGCAGCUUUCUGAAGAAAUCCAAAUGGCCAUUGUGUGGUGCAGAAGCAGAAGACUUAAGGCUCAGGCCACCUAUCUGGGCAACAAACUUCUUAAAAGUAACAGGCUUAAGCAUGUGGAAGCUCAAGGUUACAGUUUGCCAAAGAAACUAGAGUGCAUGAAAACAUCUAUUUGCAACCGCCUCCUCCGAGGAUCAGAGAUCAACACGUCCAAGCAGCAUCUGAGACAAAGAAGAUUACAGAAGAAAUUUUUACCGAGGCAAAGGAAACCACAGAGAAAGUUGCAGUCGAAUCUUCUCAAGGAAAUUCUGCAGUCUCGAGAGACUCCGCAGAGUGCUAGCGGCACGGGCGCUAAGCGCAGACGCCCGGGGGGAACGGGAACGGUGCAGAGGACUGACCUCCGUUCCAGCAGGAGGCCCCUCCCGAGCACAAGCCACGCAAACGCUGUCACAGAGGCCAAGGAGAAAGGCCGAGACCUUAAAGGAGGCAAUGAAAACAAAACUGAUCUGUGGACAGACAUGCAAAUAAACCAGCAUCCCAUGUCAGGAACCAUUAAAGAGACUGAUGACAUUGAUGACAUUUUUGCUAUAAUGGGAGUUUAGAUAUUUAUAUGAGAGACAUAGGAGCAAUUAAGCUGGCUCAAUGUUCUGCUGUUUUAGGUGGAACUGCUGAGAACUGGAGAAACUGCGUGGGCCCUGGGAGCAGCUGCCUCUGUGUGUGGUAACAGGAGCAGCUGUCAGCUCAGUAAACAUUUGCAGCAACUUUG